UAAAGAAUACAUCAACUGAAUGAGCGUCAUAUUGUACGUAAUGGAGUCGAUGUUCUGUUGAACAUAGUUUUUCUUACAACAAAUAGUGUUUUCUCAAGAAAAAUCACAUAAAAGUUUGUGUUAAUGUGCAUCAUUGGAUUACAGUGAAUGAUAUACAACAAUUUAUGGAUUCCACCGACAGAAUUAUCAACUCCAACAACCUCACCCGCCUGUCAAUGUCUGGCGAUUGGUGCGGUGCGAAUAUAAAUCUGUUUAGCGGGCGUGAUUGAUAGAGCCAGGCCUAUCGACGGGUUCAUGGUUUUGCGAGGGCACUUGGAUUGCGAAACGCAAUCAAAUGAAGGUAUGGCUUCCGAUCAGCCCGUUAAGAAGAAGCAGCGAAUAGACGCGCCCGACAUCGACGAUGGCAGCGACAGGUCGGCCGAGGAGAUCACUGAUAUAUUUGACUCGGAAACGUCUCCAGCAGAGCCAUCAGACGACUUUCCUCGAAAUGGUGAGUCUCCCGACAGCGGAACCGUUAGCGAGGACGCCGUGGACUGCUCAACCAUCCUCCGGCUGCCUAGUGAAGAAAUAAUACCAUCCUGUUCAAGUACAACCCAGCAAUGGACAGUGGCUGAUGACAAACUACUUGCUGAGCUAAGAAUUCUACAAGAAAACCUUGUAGGUCAGUGCCUUUGCAUGGUAGAGGAACACAAAGUCUCACAAAUGUUUGAUAGACGGCUACACAUUGUAUCAUGGCCGUUAACAUGCUCAUUGACUUAUUUAUCCACAAUGCAGCUAAUGUUCGACAUAUAUUUAAAACAAAAUAAUACUGGUACAAUAUGUUCAAAGUUAAUGCAAGCUUGCGACAUGCUUGUGAGGAACAGGCAUGAUUGGAUUACAGAAGUUGUGGAACUCGCUGACCAUAAAAGCAAAUUCAUUACAUUUGUGGCCAGUAGGGUGUUAGCGAGCUUUCUCAUAGUCGCUAAAGACACUGUUGACGAGAACUGGCUCCAACAAAUCGCUGAAAACAUCUACCUUUUUGAUAGAAUAAAUAGAAUAACAGUACAAAAGAUUAACUUUAGUCUUGAUAUUAUUAAAAGGAUAGUUGAAUGGAAGGAUGUGGAACAGCAUCCAUUGGAAGAUAGCAAUUACAUCAACUCGGUGGGUAAUAUGCAUGUUCAGGAAGACAAUCCAUUCAGGAGUAGUGUGGGUUACAGUACAAGUCAGAUGCCAUCCAGCUCCCAUGGAGACAACUUGCAUAAUGAGUUUUCGAAUCUUCAAACACAUAGUGCACCCUCAACAUCCUCAGAUGAGAAGCCUGCUGAAACCAAACCGGCUACAUUCAAACUUCACGAGCCAGUGCUAAAGUUUCCUAUAGACCAGCAAGUUAGUGGGAUAGAGCAGCCGGAAUCCCCUGAGCCUCCAGCAUCUAGAAUGGAACGGGUCAAUGAGAAUGGAUGUGUAACAGUCGUACUAACAGACUCGGAGUCAUUUGACACUUCACACAUCAAAUGUUUGACUAUAAAGACGCUAGAGCAGCACUGGCCUGUCCUAGUUAAGAACAUGAAGCUCCUACUCCUCCGGUACCUGAAUUUAGCGAAUGCUGAAAACUGUAUACUAACAUUUUUCUCACUAUGGGAAAAUAUUAUUAGCGUAAAAGCCAAUCUCUCAGUGAUAGACACUAAGCCAUUUUACGCUGAUUUGCAGGGUUUUGUAGAUUUGUUAAGGAACACCAUUCUCCCGAGCAUGGUGUACACGCAUUUAUUAAGUUUGUUUAACGAAGUUUUAUGCUAUGGCUCCACAUUGGCGCUACAAGACAUUUUGCCUGAAGAGAUAUGUUGUUUAGCGCACUCUAUUGUCAGAUUUGUGAAAGAUUUCAGGCUUCUCAAUGAUGUAAGAGUCCGGAACAGUAGAAGCGGUUUUGGCUUCCUAGGGAAUGAAUGCACUGUUCUCAGGGACUACUCUCUAGGUCCCACAGUUACGCCACUUUCAGCGUCGAUACAAUUGGUAGAUCAAAGCUAUGGAGAUGAUGAUAAUGAUGAUUCCAAUCAGUCUAACACUGAAGUAGACAAAAGUAUGUUACAAAGAAUGUCACUAUUAGUUCUAAAAUCCAUAGCAGUAACGGUUAAAGAGAUGAGAUGUGAUUCCUCAGACAGUUCUAUUGAUUCUUCCGAUUAUAAUGCCAUACAAGACAUGCAAAUAGUAGAAAGAUCUAUACGCGAUGUCUUGAAAAAACUGGAUGUUUUCAUUAGAAACACUAUGGAAUUCCACCCUGAGACUCCUUUCACUAAAAUGCUGAUACAUUUAUUUAGUGAACAGGAUGACUAUCUAAUUGAAUCCAUGGUGUGCACUUUGGAUAUAACAGUCGGUAUUGUGUACAGAAACUCUAUGUAUCCCGAUUUAAUACCUAUGCUGAACCCUAUAGCUUCUUUUAUAGAGUUCUUGAAAGUAGUUUCGCAUGACAGUGAUGUGUUACUAGACUAUUUGGUCAGCAAUGAGACGUGUUUCUUGCUAUAUUUGCUUCGAUUUCUCAAAUAUGUUAGGCGUAACUGGCCAAAGUUUAUUGAAACGUGUCAACACACUGACUCAGCAGGCAGCAGAGGCCUGGAUGAUACUAUGCGGGUUUUAAUACGGCUUAGAUUGCAGAUCAGUAGGCUGGUAUCACGGUCUUUGUUCCCGUAUAAUAUCAGCCCAGUAUUGAGACUGUUGGAGGUGUGUGAGAGUCUUUAUGAAGGGAAUGAAUUGAGCUGAAAAUUCAUGUAUGACUUGAUAUGGAUAGGCUGACUGAGGGAUAUCUGAUGUGUGUUUCUGACUACACAAUUAGCCCUAUUUGCCCUAUUAUUUGCAUAUGGAUACAGUUGUUAUAGGGGCAUUAGAACUUAUCUCUUUCCAACUUGUUUUGUAUGAAAUGGAUAAAAUCGGAUAGAAUCGCUAUAAAAUAAAUAUAUGAAAUGAAGUGGAAAUGAGUGAAAAGCUACCUCAUCAUCUUCCUUGCGUUAUCCUGGCAUUUUACCACGGUUCAUGGGAGCCUGGGGUCCGCUUGGCAACUAAUCUCAAGAAUUAGCAUAGGCACUAGCUUAUACAAAACCAACUGCCAUUAUCGGGAUUAGCCCGGUUUUCUCACGAAGUUUUCCUUCACCAAAAAGCGACUGGUUAGUAUCAAAUGAUAUUUCGUACAUAAGUUCCGAAAAACACAUUGGUACGAGCCGGGGUUUGAAACCGCGAUCUCCGGCCGGAUUUAAAGUCGCACGCUUUUACCGCUAGGCCACCACGCUCCUCGUGAAAAAGUGUAUAAAUAAUAGGCAAUAGGGCAAUUCGCCAGUAACUGGUCACUUUUAGUAACUGGCCGCCCGAAACUAAAAAUGAAUUCUAUUCGCCUAUAAAUAUAAUUCAUUUUAGUAUAAGGUGGCCAGUUAUUGAAACCUUCUACUAAAAUGAAUUCUGUUUAUAGGUGCUAUUCACCUAUAAACAGAAUAAAUAUAAUCAUAAUCUAUUUAUCGUGACUAUAGGGAUACAUAAAAGGUGUUACAUUUCAUAGGUACUAAAACCAUAGCCUACCAUCUUAAUGGUGUACAAUAUUUGUUACUUAAAGCUGAAAACAAUAUUUAAUGUCAAUAGACAGCAUAAUAAGUAGGUAUAAUAACAUAAUUACAUUUGGCUAAGCAUAAUAAAUUAUAACUAAAACUAAUUGACAAUC